AUGGCGUCCCCGGGCGGCCCCUGCAGCCUCCUGGUCUGGCUUCUGCUCCUUCAGCGCUGGCUCAGGGAGGGCCCAGCGGGUGGGUCAGCGACGCCCUCGCCCACUUCACCCCUCUCGGGAGGCGGCCUCGAGGACCCCACGGCAGACCAACCAAACCCUGGAGGGGGCUCAGGGACCCCCAAGUUGGUGGAGUUUAGCCCAUCGUGUGGCCAAGUGUUCCUGAAAAUCGUGGGAGGAAAUCAGAGUGAAGAAGGGAAGUGGCCCUGGCAGGUGAGCCUGAGGGUCAGUGGCAGCGUGUGCGGAGGUUCCCUCAUCACAGCUCAGUGGCCGCUGACUGCAGCCCACUGUAUUUUAAGUGUCAUGAUGGGAGAUCGGAGUGUCUAUGGUGAAAUCUCAGGGUUGGUGGUUCCUAUCAGCCGAGUCGUUGUUCACCCUCAGUUCUCAACACGUGGAACUGUUAAAUAUGACCUUGCUCUUCUCCGGCUCUUCUACCCUGUAAAUUUCACUGGGGUCAUCCAGCCUAUAUGCAUCCCCGAGAAGACUUUCCAGGUGGAAGCUGGGACCAGGUGCUGGGUGACUGGGUGGGGCAAGCAACAAGAAUUCGGUGGCCCAUUUGUCUCAGUCUUUCUCUGGGAGAUGGACCAAUAUAUCAUCUACUAUGAAGAAUGUAAUGGGAUGGUCCCGAAGGCCAUGCCGACAGAUAAGGAUGUAGUACUGGAAGGAAUGAUCUGUGGCUAUAAUAGUGUAGGAAACGAUUCUUGUCAGGGAGAUUCUGGGGACCCUCUGGUCUGUCAAUAUAAUACCACAUGGGUCCAGAUAGGGAUUGUGAGCUGGGGUGUCAGCUGUGGUUGUAAAAUUUCACCUGGAGUCUAUACGGAUACUGCCUUCUACACUAAGUGGCUAGUUGCAGUGGUGAACCAGGAUACCUCUUGGUAUCCAGUGGUGCUCCUCAUCCUACUGGUGUGUCUGGUGCUGCCUCUGGGCAUCCUGGCGACCCUGUGA